AUGGAAUUUCUCACAGUCGAAUUUCUUGGUAGACAACAAAAGUUUAUCAUCAAUUGUCGCGCCGAAGGUAUGACAUAUAGUCAAACUAAGCUUGCAUGGGAGGAAGAAUACCCAGAUCUCGGAACUUUAACAUCCAAUCUCAUUGCUACUGCACUUAAAAGAGCUGCAUUAGGUCUAUACUGGGAAAAAGGGAAUCAUGGCGGUGCAGAUCCAUACCUGUAA